CUGCAGUGCGACAUGCAUGAUAUCGCGGGAAUUUCAGCUGUCAGUUUAGAACUGCUUCUGCUUCUGCUGUCGAACUACACUCAACAGCCAUGUCUUGGGAUGAUGUCGAGGCGGGUAUCGGGGGUGAUGAGACGGCCAACUUUGGCCCCCGGCAGGAAUCGGGGACCUCACUGUUCCAGGUGGACACGUUGGCAACCAUCUCACCACGAGGAGAGGUGGAACGUAACCCUGCAGUGUAUGCAGCUUGUGCCCCAGAGGGGUUCUGUGUAGUAGCUGGGGGCCAGGUCUCACUGUUUGACGAAGCUUGCCAGAAGUUCAUCAGCACCUUAAGCUUUGAAUCUGAUGUGGAUGUGGUGGCGUGGAGUGCAGACUCUCUCUUCCUGGUGGUAGCUGAACGGAGCGGCUCCAUUCACUUUGUGGACGUGGAGCUCAAACAAAUCCUAUUCUCGCAGGUCUUGAAAUCCGGGAGUGAAACAGAAGACGGGAAAUGUUUUGUGCAGAUGAUGUUCUCACCAAGCAAAGAUCCAGCUGUCCAUGAUCUGCUUAUCCUCCUGGCAGAUGGACAACUUUUCAGAUUUUCCAAUAUCAACUUAGAGAAACUGAAUGAAGCCAUUGAGGCAAGGGAUCUGCAGCUGGCUAAAGAGUUGCAGGGACGUAUCUGUAUGGAGAGUCUUGACACAAGCGUGGCACACACUGAGUCUGUCAGCUUCUUCACCACAGCAACUUGCAUGGAGAAGACAUUGAUCAUCACUUGUGGCUAUGGAGAGGCUGUUGUAGGCUUGUGGUUGCGAACCAACAAAGCAGUAGACCUCAUCAGACAGAUUGGCAGUGACUUCUUUGACGGUGGAGGUAUAAGAAAGUGCCGCAUAAGUGGUGAUGGCAGAUUUCUCUUUCUGCUUGACGACAGUCACACGCUCAGCGCCUGGGACUUGCAGUCACUCCUGAUGGUCGCCUUCUGGCCAGACCUAGCAGUGCAGGACUUUCUCUUGAUGAACUUUAACUCUGUCAACACUGGUGAAAAGAACAGUAACCUGAAGGCAGAGCAGGCCCAGCUGCAGCUGGUAGUCCUGACCAGGCCGGAACCAGACUGCCAUCUGAAAGUCUUUACCCUGCCAGGCCUGCAGUGCAUCUAUACGCUGACUGUGUGUGGGUUCACCACACUGGCUGAGGUGCUGCCAAAUCAGGAAACCAUCUUUCUGAUAGAAGGUUCAUAUGACAAUGACGAGGAUCAUAUUGGAACCCCAACCGACCUGAUCUCCACUCUGCGUGUCCGAUGUCUGACGGAGGCUCUCCCUGAGACGCGGUUCCACCGCCUCCUGCACAAGCAGAAGUUUGAGGAGGCCCUGCAGUUUGCCCGGCUCUUCAAACUGGAGGAGGAGCUUGUCUUUAAAGUCCAAGCCAGCAUUCUCCUUGAGAAGGCGUCCCCCUGGAGUAAGUCCCUGCGUCUGGACCCUGACAACCAGGGGUCAUCAUCACUGAGCGUCCAGCUAAUAGAGUGUCUGGACCACAUCCCUGACGAGGCCUUCGUUGUGGAGCAGUGCGCCCAGGCCACCCUGCCUACCUAUGAGUCCAUGUUCCAGCUCAUCAGCUAUGCUCACGCUAGGCUCUCCAAGAAGUUGCCAACGGGGCAGCCAGCCGAUAAUAGCCACCUCUCCACCUCCCCACUUAUGACCAGGGUUCUGGAAGUGCUUCAUCGGCUCACAACAUUCCAAAUGGUGUUUGGCUAUCAACAGUUCAGUGCUAAUCAGUGGGAUCGCUUUCUGCAUGCCGACCUCCUAGAGGAGCUACUGCACUGGCUGUCCAUGGCCCACAUUGCCAAAGCAGUCAUCAUUUGGAGAAGGCACAAGGCUGCCAUUGAGAGUAAGUUGCUAUCCGGCGGCGACGAGAUCCUGGAAUCCAUUCUGUGUUCGGUCCCUGAGAGCACACCGUCUGCCCAGAUCAUACCCUGGCUCAGAGAGGAUCUCAUUCCGUUUGUCAUUCACAGGUUUCCUCGAGGCAAGAAAUUCUUGGCCUAUUGGAUGGAAGAGAGGGCCAGGAAUAUGGAAAUAUCAGAAAAGGUACAUUGGCCGAGUAACUCCUUGGAGUUUGCCAAGCUCUUCUUUGCCGCCGGUCAGCCCAAGUCAUCUGCAGCACAAAGUCGGCAUCUCGCCACACCAGCCCAAUUUGCCACUGAGGUCUGCAACCUUUCUGCUGGGAAUUCAAGAAAACUUGCCAGUGAGGAUCAGGUUGAAAAAGAGAUGGUAAAUACUGAGUAUGACUGCACAGAGGCUGUGUGUAGACUGCAGGAGCUGAUCAAGAACCUGAAGGAAUUACUGCGACUGCACAGCAAGUACCAAUGCAAGCUAUCCUUGGCUGAGUACUCGCAGGAAACCACUAGCACGAUGGUAUUCCGCAUGCUGGACCGUGUGGCAGCCCCUGAACUGAUCAGAAGCACCAUUGAGAAGCUGAUCCGACCCUACAUACAGGAACACAAUCUGAAUGAGGAUAAGCUACUACUGCAAUACAUACAGGACUUGUUGAAUUGCUACGCCCAGGGACGCAGAGCCACCUAUGUUUACGAGGCAUUCUGGGAAGCCAAAGCCAUAGCCAUUAUCCACUGCAUCAAAGAUAUUGAGUGCAAGUGCCUGGGUAUCUAUUCCCUGAUGUUAAGUGCGUCCAUGCCAUGGAAUGACAAGAUGGAGCAACUAGUACGCCAGGGGCUGUCCCUCAAGCACCCAAAGGUGGAGGAGUUGCGUGGGAAGUACAAGCUGGUACAACUAAAAAAGAUGCUGGCAAACUAUGACCUCCGACACGAUGACGUACGCAAGGAUAACGCCCCGAUGGUGAUCAAGUACAUCCUUGCCAGUGACAAGCCAGACUGCCUAGAGGAUGCCUUGCAGGUCACUAAGGCUUACAAUCAUCUGUCACCUACUGAUGUGUACAUCUUCAGACUCAAGUCUCUGAUACAACAUGACAGGAUUCAAGAUGGAAUUGAGAUGCUGUCAUCGAUGAACCCCUCUGAAGCAGUGGAAUGUUCCAAAAGGGUCGUGACCUGGUCAGAGGUCAUACUAAAUGAACCCCCACACUUCAACUUGGACUCUGAAGAUAAGAAGGAACUGAUUCUGAUCACUGACGGAGCUAUCAGUGUCCUGAAGUUUCUGCUGAACAAAACAACCGACCCUUCUACACUGGAGGACUUGCAGGGUCUUCAUAAGGACCUGAAAUGCAUGCUCUCAUUGCAGGUUGAGUUCAAUGAGUUUCUUUCUCUGGACAACUUUCGGGAUGCAAGCGUCAGAAAGGCAUUAUUGACCAAGCACCUGGCAGCAUUCUACAGGAACAAAAGUGGAUCCUCGGACAAGGAUAAAGAGACGAUAUAUGAAGGGGCGAAAAAGAGAGCAGCUUCAACAAGGAAAAACUUCUCAAGACUUUACAAUCUUGCCCGGAUACUUGGCACGUCUCAUGAGGAGCUGAAGAGUCAACUUGCUGUGAAAGCUGCAGAGACUGGACAAAUCAAGACUGCAUUGAAAAUGUGCAGGGAGCUCUCUGAGUACACCCUUACUCCAGCCAUAUCCAAGACCAUCUAUACGGUAGCUCACACUGUGUGCAGACUCUGGGCUGAGUCACACCCCAGCAUCAUGAAUAACACUCCUGCUGACGAUGCACCUAGUCUGUCCACAGAGCUGUACCUACUGGCCUGCAAAGCCCUGGCCUACUGUGACCAAAAUUUACUGUGUGAUUGUUUGGAGCUGUGCAAGCUACUCCGUCUGACUGACGCUGUCUAUCAUCAGUGUGAAAGUGGCGAUUAUGGAAUCUCAGUUCAGUCGUUGAGUAGUGCAGAGACCAAGCGGGACCCCUACCAAGACUGGACAUUCAGUGACUUCUUCCAAGAGAACACAUUGGUGCUGACGUCUUCCUAUGCACUGCCGACAACCUGCAAGUUCCUGGUGUCAUGUCUGCCAGACGCCAGGCCUGACGCUCUGCCAUUGCAGCACUCCAGAAUGGCUGGCAGACCAGCCAUCGUAAUGCAAGAUGUGGAGAACCCAGUAAACAGCGCUCAGUACUUGUCCCAUCUCAGCUCAGCGGCACUGGAACUUAUCCAGGACCUGCAAAAGAACAAUCAGUAUGAGAUGGCAUUCCUGGUGCUGGCCGAGACCCUGGGGACCAGUCUGCAGUACGUGGCAGCCAACACCAUGGGCAACUUACCAGACCACAAGGAGUUUCAGGUGCUCAUGAGCAAGGAGCAAGAAAGAUGCAGUCAGAUGGUCAAGAUGGGGCUACAGAGGGUUAGAGACUUCACUGCAACUCUCAUGGACAAGAUCUUUGGCAGUCGUCGAGUGGACCACCAUCUUGCCCUGAGCAUGGCCUGUGUCUUACCAAAGCAAGGAGCUCUGGAGAAACUGAAGAGCUUGACAGCCAGUGCCGGCCAUCACUACCGCAAAGUCCUGGCCAUAGCCAAAGUUGGCUGUGAACUAGGGAGGCUGCACCAGGAGCCCUUGGUGGAGGAACGCUGCAGGAAACUAGAGACAGAUGCUACCUGGGGCCACCUUCUUGGAAAACUCAAGAUCUCGUUCAAGGAUGUGUUUAAUGCCCAAGACACCCAAGACAAGAGAAUGCUGCUACCAGAGAUAGUCAAGCACCCUGCGGUGGAUAUCACUAUGAUCAACAAGUACUGCAGUGCAUUUGGACUUGAGAAGGACGAAGCCUUACUGAUGUACGUGGAGACUCUGCUGCUUCCCCAGGCCAAGGCCGGUGAUACACCCAGUGAUACACCCCCAGACAUAGAGGCCAGGGUACUGAGUGUCAUCAGGGAGGUGACUAAUAAGGAGCUGCUGGUUGCAAGACUGACGGAUAUUCUUGAUAAAGUUGACUCCUAUGACUACCAGCGGUUGAACUUUGUUCUCAAGUGCAUCAGAGAUGAGAAUCCUGAAGACCCCUCAGCUGAUGUGGGUGUGCAGCUCAUGGAGUAUUUAGUGCACUACACACGCAUGACUGAGCCAUCUGAGUAUGAAAUAAGGUUCAAUCUCACAUCAGAUGAAGAUCAGCUGCGAUGUACCAGCGUUCCCCUUUCCCCACUUUCCAAGGAGCGGCUCCCUUAUCAUCCCCUCAUGAAGGGGGGACAGUGGAAAAUACUGGCACGAGAGUUGAAUGAGGAGACGGUCCAUCAGCUCCUGCCAGUAGCGAAACUUUUAAAGCUGCCCACCGACCACCUCUUUGUAACAACCAUCAACAACCUGAUGAAGCGCGCCGGCCCCGACGACACAUCCCCUGACAGAGCCCCUGGGGCAGGGGGUGACAGAGGGGCCUGCCGAAUGGACAGGAAGAGCCUGGAGGUGGUGCAGAAGCUCCUGCUGAGUAUCUCCAGCCCCGAGAUGGCUGUGGCUACGGCUAGGGUGGUGGUUAAGGAACUACCCAUGGGUCCUCUGAAGGUGAUGGCUCUUGAAAUCUGUGUCCUGCUUGCUCGUCUGUGGAAAGAAAAAUGCCCAGACAAUAGUCCAGAGAAGCAGAAAGCAGAGUUGUCCCACCAGAAGCUAGCCCAGUUCUGCCGUUGCCUGGCCACAGAGCAGGUGCUGCACAAGUAUCAGCUGGCUGAGCCUGAGCUACUCAAGCUGGUCGACCAGCCUGCCAAGCUGACCUUCCAGCUGUAUGAGCAUGAGAGUAUCGAGAGGAGGAUUCUAGAAAUUGAGGAGGGAGGUGAACCAGACAUCCAUGCUGCAGCUAAUGCCAUUGCUGAGGUCAACAACUGUAAUAUUCAGAAGAUCCGUCUGCAUCUGAUUGAACAAUGGCUGCCCAACACAUCUAGCAACAAACAGGCUGAGGAGGAUACAACUGUGGAUCUGUCCAGUCUGUCAUUCCUGACUCCCAAAGAAGACAAAGUAGCAGAAGAAGAAAAAAGCCUGGCAAGGGUGAAAUAUCUCCUUCAGUAUGGCGGUGAGUUCCGAGGGAGUGCUCUCUUUCUUCUCAACUUUGCCUACAAGCAAGCCUCCAGUAAGAUCAGCAAUGCCUGUCGAGUGCGCGCCCUGCGUUGCCUCUUCAGUCUCCUCAACACCAACCUGAUUGAAGUAGUGGCAGACAAGCCAGUGGAUGAUAUCAGGGAGUUUAUGCAGAACCUGAUCUACCUGGUGGAGUUUGAGUCUUUGAAUACCUCCAUGGAUCUGAGCGUCUUUACAAAAUCCAACAAGCAAGGCCUUGUGCGUGGACUGUGGAAGCAUUACAACCACGAACCAAGGGCUGUGCGUCUAAUAGCUGAUCUGUGUUUGGACUACAGAGUUCACGAUCCUAGGCUCUGGAAUAGUGUGCUGCAACAACUGCUCAAAUUUGGCAUGGUGGAUUACCUUCGACACGUGCUGGUAUCCCUGGCUGACAUAUCAGAGCUGUGGCAGUUGCAGUGUCUGCCCAGAGUGUGGAAGAGUGUCAUACUGUCUCCAUUCGUUACAGUAUGCCCACCUUUGACUGAGGAACAAGAAGAGGCCUGUAGACAGUCAGCAGCUUUGCUGCAAAGAUGUCCCAUUGUUCAUGACUUGGACAUGAUGGAGCCGUGUCAACAGUUCUUGAAGGUUGAGAUGUACGCCUUUGCCAUGGGUUGCCUGAUGUACAUCAGUGAUAAGCAGAAACGAGACAAGCAGAUUGAGGCCCUGUUGAGUGGGAAGAGGUACGUUGCCAUCUUGGGUGAGAUCACGGCGAUGCAGAGACAGAAGAAACUCCUGACGACAGCAGAACAGAUCAAGAGCUGCAUAUUCCAGUACAUAGAGCAGACGUCUAGCUAUGAAAACCUACUGGCCACUCCCCACUUCCCUGAGUUAGUCAACUACCUGGUCAGGGAAGACAAGAUUCAAGGCCUGCUGCGAAAGUGCCUGCUGGCUAAGAGGUUUGACGAUGCCGUGAGUCUCAUCCGAGUCUAUUACAGCAACAAUCCUGGCUCACCAACUGUUCUGGUAUCAGACUCCGGCUCUUCACAUGACUUGCUGCAGCUCAAGGGCUACAUGGAUCACCAUGGAAUGAGUGACCUGACUUCAUUGCUGCCGCUUCCUCAAUGCAACGGUGAUGCAGACAAGUAAACACCUAGCGUUCAAGUCAUUUGCCGAGGUUUGAUCUCCAAAUAUUGAAAGUCUUUGUGCUGAACACAUUACAACACCCCAUGAGUUGACAAUGCCCAAGUUAUCAUAAAAGAAUGAAAACAAAAUGUGAAAGUCUGAAAAUUAAUAAUUGAUCUUGCAUUGCCAUAGAAAGGACAUUUAUGCAAACAGCAAACAAGUUUCUUCAAAAUGAAGUGAUUAAAACAAGAAGAUUGAAUUCUGUAAUUUGCUGUAUUAUAUAAUUUUGUAGAAAUUGUGGGUGGUUUACCGAAAUAAUUCUGAAAGUCACUGGUAGGUUCUGAUUCUUAGGAAUUCAGUUCCAUCAAAAUGUUUACAUGUAUAUGGAUAGUGUGACUGUAUCGAUUAUAUUUUGCAGACACAGGUCGCAUAUGUAUUCACAUUUCCUUGCAACAGUACUUUUUUAUUAGUUUCUGCUAGCAUUUACCGGAACCCGUCUGUUUUGGAUAAUAUGUUUAUGCACGUAUACGUUUCUUUGCAUCUGUAAUUUAGUGCUACCUGAAUCAAAGACAUUGACCACCAUAAAAGUCAGUGAAUUUGCAAAGUUGGAAUACAUUUUAGGUCUGGGAUACAUGUAAAUGUAUAUCACUUGGAAUCUUUCUCAAAUUUUAUUUUCAAAAGCUUUGUUUUUUGUUCAAUUUGGAAUUUAUCUGUACUAACAGAAUAAAAUUAAUAUAAAACAUUGAGCAAGUUUUAGUUUGGUUUAUGGGCAAUCUACGGAGGGAAAAGUUUUGUGCUUGGACAAUUUAGAGGAAUAUUUAUUUCUAAAUUGUAUUCUAUUACAUGAUUAUUUAGAAAAUUAAUGUUAAGGGCACUGAUAAAUAAAUAUGUACAUUGUACUAUAUAUACACUGUAAAAAAAAAAGCUGUAGUUCAUGUACAAGACUUUUUACAUAUACCCGGUACCUUUGCUAAUCUUGGCACAAAAACAAUUGCCCAAUGCAGUGCCCGAGUAUUAAACUGAAUGGCUAUAUCAGUUGCUACAUGUUA